UAAUGCAAAUGUUUUGAGGAAACAGAUCUUACCCAAAAAUUAUCAAAAAUUACAGAACACAUAUCCGAGCCUCAAUAUUUCCCACACAAGUGUCACCCUACAAAACAAAACCCCCUGCUGGUUCCUGCAUGUAAAAACAUCUGCAUGCAUAAUCAUGCACUCCCACAACACAAAAAACUUAAGAAUUCAUCCCCAUGGCCAUGUCUUUUCUCUCCCUCUUCUUCCUUCUCUCGCCUCUCAGUCUCUUCCCUUAUCCCGCUUCCGCCAUCGGCGAGGACUUCGGAUUCGGAAUUGGCCGUGACAUUGUUAUGCACGAGGCUCUAGCAGGUACUCCGCUUCCAGCCAAGGAUGCGGAUCACGCUCCAGGAUAUAUCCCAGCUCCACCUGCUCCAAGCCAGGCCAAACCGCCCCGUGACGACCGGCCCAAUGCUCAGCCCUUUAUCGACCAAUCCGGUGUCUACGCGUCCAUUCUCAAGAAGCCCGCUCCGGCUCCCUCCCCCGCAUUCCCUCCGGGCCCUGAUUCCAAUAUGGGCCCCGCACCCAGCCCCGAUCCCGCAUCGCUGACACCGAUCCAACAAGCAUGCAGAGCCACGAAUUUCACCGAAUUAUGCGAAGCCUCCCUCAAAGAAUCAAACAAAGUACCCGCUGAGCCGACAGCUACAGAUAUCAUACAGGCCUCGAUAUGGAUCGCGAACCAGGACCUGAAAAAAGCCCAGUCCAUGAUCCAAGCCAUUUUGCGGGGCCCGCAAAACGUGAACCUCACUAACGCAGCUCAGAACUGCGUAGAGUAUUUCCAGAACGGCGAGUACCGGAUCAAACAAACCGUUUACGCGUUACAGCGUGGCAGGAUCAAAGACGCGCGGACAUAUCUCAGUGCGGCUCACACGUACGAGUACGAUGUUUGGUCGGCUCUUAAAUACGUUAACAACAGCCAGUUGGUUAACCAAACGAUGGCGUUUACGUGGUCGUUGAUUCAGUUGUCGAGUAACGCGUUGAGCAUGGUCAAGGCUCAUGACGUGUUUGGUGAUGACAUGGCGCUGUGGGGCCCACCGCAGUCCGAGAGAAACGGGUUGUGGGAAGGGGAGUCGGAUAAUAUGACGGGUUUCAAGUUCGAUUACAAGGUGGAUUUCGGGUCGGAUCCCGCGCCAGAAGACGACGGGUCGGGUAAGAAUAUUACCGGGUUUGGUGAAAUGAAACCGGAUGUUACGGUUUGUAAGGGUGGCACGUGCGACUUUGAGAUGAUACAGAAUGCGGUGGAUGCGGGUCCCACUAAUGGGAAUAGGCACGUGAUUGCGAUAAAAGCGGGGGUUUAUGACGAAACGGUUCGGGUUCCGUUACAGAAGAAGAAUGUGGUUUUCAUGGGAGAUGGUAUGGGCAAAACCAUUAUUACCGGGGCAAAAAAUGUGCAAACACCCGGAGUUUCUACGUAUAAUUCAGCUACUGUUGGUGUCAAGGGGGAUGGAUUCAUGGCUUGUAAUCUCACCAUACAGAACACUGCAGGCAACCUCCCCCAGCAGGCAGUGGCAUUUAUGUCAGACAGUGAUCAAACAGUUCUGGAGAAUUGCGAAUUACUCGGCAAUCAGGACACUCUUUACGCCCAUACUCACCGCCAAUUCUACAAGUCCUGCCGUAUUGUAGGAAAUGUGGAUUUCAUAUUUGGAAACUCCGCUGCAAUCUUCCAGGACUGCGUCAUCCUCAUCGCUCCCAGGACAGUCACGCCUGAGAAAGGCGAGACCAACUGCGUGACAGCGCAUGGAAGAAUAGACCCUGCUCAGUCAGAGGGCUUUGUGUUCCACAACUGUGUCAUCAAUGCGACUCAGGACUUCAUGCCCUUCUAUUUAAGCAAUCCGGUUGUGCAUAAGAAUUAUUUGGGCAGGCCUUGGAAGGAGCAUUCCAGGACAGUUUUUAUAAAUUGUCUUCUGGGGCCUGUUAUUCACCCAGAGGGUUGGUCGCCCUGGAGCGGUACUCAGGGAUUGGCAACCCUUUACUAUGGGGAAUUCAACAGUACCGGUCCAGGGGGGAGCGUCGUGGGGCGAGUGCCCUGGAGUAACCAGAUUCCACCUGAUCACGUUAAGACAUACUCUGUGGAGAAUUUCAUUCAAGGCGAUGAAUGGAUUCCCAAAUCGUCCCUUCUAUCUCCACCUCUUGUACAAUAACUGAUGCCUUUUCAUCUUGUAAAAUAUAGGCUGGUGAAAAGUUGUUUUUAGGAUCAUUUUUUAGGUAUCUCCUAUAAGAAAAAGGCUCAUAAUGUCACGGGCACUUCGCGGCUAUUUGGAGGCCAUAUUAUAUGACCAACCGACCAACUAGGCAACCAUCACUAGAACUCAUAGUGGAAAUUCCACUGAAUAUAAUGCAUUUACACUUUCAGAGUUGUAUAAUGUUGCGCAAACUUUAUCUUAUCCUCUGAAGUCUUCCUUUUGUUAGUUCUA